AUGCUGUGGUUUUUCAAUAAAAUGUGUACGAGCCAAGCGUGUCUUAGGGGUAAAACUGUUGUGAUAACGGGGGCAGAUGGUGGUAUCGGCAGAGAGACUGCUAGAGAUUUAUAUGGAAGAGGCGCUAGAGUAAUUCUGGCUUGUAUGAAUAUGGAACAGGCGUAUGAAGCGAUUCAGGAUAUAAAAAAUAAUCCGCCUUCAAGGCUCAACAAAAACGAAUAUAAAAAUAACGCAGGUGAAUUUGCGAUUUAUUCUCUGAAUCUAUGUAGCUUGAAGAGUGUGAAAAAUUGUGCUAAAAGUUUGUUGACGAACGAAACAGCUAUUCACAUACUCAUAAAUAAUGCUGGUGUGGCUUGUCCAUUAUACGAAAAAACAGAGGACGGACAUGAAACAACGCUACAAGUUAACCAUCUUGGUCAUUUUCUUUUAACACUUCUGCUGUUGCCAAAAAUGCAAAAGUCUUCUCCUAAUUGCAGAAUAGUCAAUGUCUCAUCAGUUGUACAUAUCUUUGCUGAUAUAGAUUUCGAUGAUAUUAAUUUGGAGAGAUCGUAUGGGUCGUUCAAAAGUUAUGCACAAUCUAAAUUGGCGAACAUUUUAUUCACCAAGGAACUUGCUCGUAAAUUGAAAGAGGCAAAUCUUCAUGGGAUAAACGUAUACUCCUUACAUCCUGGUAUUGUUGCGACCGGACUACUAUGGCAUGUUGAUAAGGUACUAUUUCCAGGUUUUCGUUUCUUUAUUAAUAAUAUGAUUGGUCGAUUGUUAUAUAAAACUGCUGAACAAGGGGCGCAAACAACAAUAUAUUGUUCCAUAGAUGAAGAGGUAGCGAAUGAGACUGGUCUUUAUUAUUCAAAUUGCGGUAUUGCCACUUCAUGUCGAAUAGCAAACGAGCAUCAAUACCUCGAAAAGUUAUGGAAUGUAUCUUGUCGACUUUUACAUCUGAAUCCAGAUGAAGAUUUUACCACAAUUUUAGAAACCGUUUCCCGUCAAUUGCAUUAA